GUAUACUCAGUGCGCCACCCGUGCACGGUGUCCAGAAACAAGUCUCAUCUUCGUUUGAUCAAAAAGAAUGGUUGCGACUAAAAAAACAAAUGAGAGAGCGGUCUCACCAACUUUGGGACCAAGCAGAAAGACAGUUAGAGGGAGCAGGGAUACAGAAGAGAGCCGAGGUAACUAAACCUCGAGCAAGUACGAAGACGUUACGCCCCAAAUACGAAACAGAUCCAUCAAGAGGUGCAAUUGAUAGCGACAUGGAGAAAAUGUUCAACUGGGAUGUCGAUGAUGUGACACCCAAAAUCAAUGAGGAUGAGAUGAUCGGCCCUGUUGAGAAAACGACCACUCCGCGUACUACACCGGCACCGCCGUCGACAAUAUCAAGACCACAAAGCUAUUAUCAUUGCGUGCACCUCAAGGACAAGUGCAUGAGAGCUUAUACAACUGGACCAUUAUGCGCUCGUACUAUGUAUUUCACAUACCUUACAUACCCUAACUAUUGUUUAAUGGAUUUUGUUAAUUGCGUAGAAGAGCUAGAAGUGUGGAAUAUGCUUCACAUGGGAAAGUGUUAUGAAGCUAUGCCUUUAACCAUAUACAGCCACUACGCGUACUUUGGAGACGAGUUUUUGGGCGAAGAAAUGGUGACGGAUAAAUUAGACGUAUAUUAAGCAUAUUAUUAAGCAAGGAUGAGCAAAAUACCUACAUGCUAUACUUAUCUAAUUAAAAUAUAAAUUGCAAAAUAUUUAUAAUGCAUUUAAAAAGAUAGUUCCAUGAUGCGUAAUGACAAUAUAGAAUAUUACACAAAGUACAAUAAUUGCCACACCUCGAAAGAAUCUGAAACAUCGAUUAUAAAAUAAAUAUUUACGUAUAAAUUGAAAUACCAAUACAAAAUAUUUAUUGUUGAAAUAUUAUUCAAUAUUAUAUGAUGUUACCAAGGAAAUCAGACG